AUGGAAACUCAUGAGGCUAAGACCGCAGCUAAAUCAGAGGAACCAAAGACGACAACGGCAAACGAGGAAAAUAAGAGCACAGUCAAAACGGAAGAUCUGAAAACAGUAGUGAAAACAGAAGAAACAAAGACCACGAUUAUAACAGCAGACUCACAAACUCCAUUGGAAGCCCAUGAAGGAAACAUCUCAGUUAAAACAGAUGAUUCAACGACCGCAUUGAAAACAGAAGAAACAAAGGCGACCGUUAAAACAGAAGAUCCAAAAUCACUAAUGAAAACAGAAGAAACAAAAACCACAAUUAUAAUAGCAGAUCCAAACACUCCAUUGGAAACUCACGAGGCCGACACGUCAGUUAAACCAGAUCAUUCAAAGACCGCAUUGGAAGUAGAAGAUCCGAAAACAGUAGUGAAAACAGAAGAAACAAAAACCACGAUCACAACAGCGGAUCCAAAAACUCCAUUGGAAACCCAUGAGGCAACCAUGCCAGUUAAAACAGAUGAUUCAAAGACCGCAUUGGAAACAGAAGAAACACAGACUCCGGUGAAAACAGAAGCUCCAAAAACUUCGAUGGAAACUCAUGAGGCAAAGAGCACAGUUAAAACAGAAGAUCCAAAGUCGUAUGGUAAACAAGAAGAAUUAAAGACGAAUGUUGAACUCAAUGAACAGCAGCAUCAAAGUAUUCUUGAAGCACAACAAGAACGAGUUCUAACUCAAGAGGAAGAAGACAAAAUUGUGGAAGCUGUUAUACAAGACUUGUUGCCCAUUGUUGAACAGUUGGUUUCAGUUGAAGUAGGACGAGUAUUAUUUAAUCGAGACAUUGAAGAUGAUGGUAAUGGUUUUAUAUCAUUUCCAUAUAUUUUUGAGGGCAGUGCUCCGAUGUUUGUCUCAUCACAUGAAGGUGGAAUUAGAGAAAUUUACCACCAACAACAACAACCAAUUAAUAGAGUUAUGGAAACCUAUACGGAUGGCGUCCUAGGUGAUGUUGCAUUCGUUCCUAGCGACUUACGUACGGCAACGAUGAGUGGUGCAAUAGGAGGAGGUGUCAGAGGCGAAGUUCAUACGUAUUCUUCGAGUCUACCAUCUCCUCCUGAAGGCUUAAGCGGCGCUCCUGGAUUAGUCGAAGGUUAA